AUGCCAUCUUCUCGAAUUGAAGGAUUGCUCGCAUCAUUUCCUAAAUUGACCAGUUCGGGCCAACAGCACACAACAAUAGAAACAGAAAAUGUUCGUUAUGUAUAUCAACCAUUUGAUGAAUUGUAUAUGGUUCUAAUUACAAAUCGGCAAUCCAACAUCCUUCAAGAUAUCGAUACAUUACAUUUGUUUGCACGUGUAGUAUCAGAUGUUUGCAGAUCAACAGAUGAAAGAGAAAUUUUGAGAAAUAGUUUUGAGUUGCUUAGCGCAUUUGAUGAGAUUGUUUCGUUGGGAUAUCGAGAAAAUGUUAAUCUGGCUCAGAAUAAAGAACAUGAAGCCAAAGAGGAACUUAAAAGAAGAGCUAAACAAUUGGAAAUGCAAAAAAAAGAAAUGCUCAAACGUGGAUCUUAUGCUGAACCACAAGUACAAGCAUCUUUUGAUGAUGGUAUUCGUUCUUCAUAUAAUAGCACACCAUCAGCACCUAAGGCCAAGGGUAUGCAGCUUGGGAAAAAACAAAAAGGUGCUGAUCUUUUUGAAGCAGUUAAGAGUGAAGUUGGAUUUGAUGAACUUGGUGAUAAUGCAAAAGGAGUAAUAUCUAUAUCAAAAGUUCCAACAGAAAAUGUUCAUUUCAAAAUCUCCGAGAAAGUUUCUUUACAAGCAAAUAGAGAUGGGGAUUUGGAAAAUAUGGAAGUUAAAGGAGAUUUAGAAUUGAUUGUUUCAGAUGCAAACAUGUCAAAAAUUAAAAUAUCGGUUCGUGCCACUGAUAGUGACAAUUUGCAAUUAAAGACACACCCAAAUGUGGAUAAAAAAUUAUUCUCCACUGAAAAUAUAAUUGCUUUGAAAAAUCCUGGAAAAGGAUUUCCGGUUAAUCAUCCUUUGCCUGUUCUUAGAUGGCGAUUUAUUAACAAGGACGAGGCCUUAAUUCCAUUAUCAAUAAGUUGUUGGUCAUCAGCAGCGGGAGAUGGAACUAUUGAUGUUAAUAUAGAAUAUGAGUUGAAGGAUGAAAAUCGAGAACUUACAGAUGUAGUAACCUCUAUUCCAUUACCUUCUGGAGGAAAUCCAACAAUUGGAGAAGUGGAUGGAGAUUAUGAGUUGAAUCGUCAAUUGAAAUCUUUGGAAUGGAAAUUGCCUAUCAUUAAUUCAUCUAAUAAGCAAGGAACUUUUGAAUUUAAUAUUCCCGGUGAUGAUCUUAAUGCAUUUUUCCCUAUGUCGGUAACUUUUAUAAGUGAAAAAUUAAUUUGUGAUAUAGAAGUUCUGGAUGUUAUAAAUUCUGAAAAUGAAAGUACUGUAACUUUUUCAGAAGAAAAAUUGUUAACUGUUGAAGAAUAUGUUAUU